UGUGGCUACUGCGCCAGGUUUUUGAGGGAAUCGCGCAUAGAGCGCGACGCGACAUAACCUAGGUAUGGGAAUACGUACGCGAACGCAGCGUCCGGUGAAUCCGUCAAAGAUAAUUCAACGUAAUUCUGUUUACGAUUAAGUCAAGUCAAGUGUCGUCUGUACGUUGAGUCAGCACGUAAUUGUUGACACUCCUUCCUUUCUGUCGACAAGCAUGAAAUUCGCGGAGCACCUGAGCGCUCACAUUACACCGGAAUGGAGGAAGCAGUAUAUCAACUAUGAGGAAAUGAAGGCUCUACUAUAUGCUGCAGUGGAACAAGCCCCAUCAGCAGAAGCGAGCGAGGCACAUGUGUUGGAGAGCUACUUUAGCAAGUUUGACGAAAAGUUUUUCCAUUAUUGCGACAAGGAACUGACCAAGAUAAAUACCUUCUAUUCUGAAAAGUUAGCAGAAGCCACACGUAGAUUUGCUACGCUUAACAACGAACUGAGCGAGAUCUUAUCCGUUUCUGAGGAUGCCCAGAGUCGCAAGGCACGUUAUCGCAGUCAUAUCCUUCACAAGAAGCCAGUGUCGGCGCGCAAACUACAAGAGCUCAAAUUGGCGUUCUCCGAAUUUUACCUCUUUCUUAUUUUACUUCAGAAUUAUCAAAAUCUGAAUUUUACUGGAUUCCGGAAAAUCUUGAAGAAGCAUGACAAACUUCUUAACGUGGACAUUGGGGCGAAAUGGCGUGCAGACCAUGUUGACACAGCAAUUUUUCAUACGCGUAAGGAUAUAGACAGGCUCAUUGUGGAAACUGAGGCUCUGGUCACUCGAGAUCUGGAGCACGGCGACCGUCAACGAGCUAUGAAACGGCUUAGGGUACCUCCACUCGGAGAACAUCUCUCCCCGUGGAUCACAUUUAAAGUCGGCCUUUUUUCUGGUGCUUUUAUCAUUCUUUUCAUAGCUGUGAUGUUAUCCGCUAUGCGAUACACGAAAAAGGACAACUGGAAGGUACUAUGUCGAAUUUAUCGUGGACCACUUCUCAUGAUAGAAUUCCUUUUUCUUAUGGGAAUCAACGUUUAUGGUUGGAGGUCUUCUGGCGUGAACCAUGUAUUAAUAUUCGAACUGGAUCCACGCAAUCAUCUGUCCGAGCAGCACAUCAUCGAAAUGGCAACCGUACUCGGCUUGGUCUGGUCUAUGUCCAUUCUGUCCUUUCUGUAUAGCGAUAUGCUAGGUGUACCGCCCUUUGUUCAACCAGUGCUGUUCUAUGCGCUACUGGCAUUAUUCCUGUUCAAUCCCACCAAGACGCUGCGACACGAGGCCAGAUUCUGGACGCUACGCGUCCUGGGCCGCGUCUUCUGCGCACCCUUCUUCUACGUAGGCUUCGCAGACUUCUGGCUCGCCGAUCAACUCAACUCCCUUCACACCGUCUUCCUAGAUUUCCAGUAUUUUGUCUGCUUCUACAUUCAGAAUUCCUCUUGGACCGAUGUCACAGAUGCGGAAACCUGUAUAAUGCGUGAAUUGUCGAUGAGACCAUUCGUGGUGUGUUUACCAGCCUGGUUUCGAUUUGCCCAAUGUCUCAGACGUUACCGGGACACCAAAGAAACUUUUCCGCACCUGUUGAACGCAGUCAAAUAUGCAACGAGCUUCUUUGUAGUCAUCUUUUCUUACCUACACUUGACGAACAAAAAAUACUACGCGCUAUCUACGGAGAAUCCUUACUUCUAUUUGUGGCUGACAGUCAGUGUGGUGAGUUCUUGCUUCACGUAUUCGUGGGAUGUGAAACUGGAUUGGGGCCUCUUUGACAGUAGCGCAGGGGAGAACAAGUUCCUCAGAGAAGAAAUAGUUUAUUCAUCACCCUAUUAUUACUAUUUUGCGAUGGUCGAGGACUUUAUCUUGCGAUUCGGUUGGGCGUUCUCCUUGUCCCUGACAGAGAUGGGGUACGUCCACGCAGACCUUAUGGUUUCCAUAGUCGCUCCAUUAGAAGUCUUCAGGCGCUUCGUGUGGAAUUUCUUCCGCCUGGAGAACGAGCAUCUGAAUAACUGCGGGAAGUUCAGAGCGGUAAGGGACAUCUCGGUCGCACCGGUCGACUGCUCGGAUCAGACGCAGAUACUAAGGAUGAUGGACGCUUCCGAUGGCGUGAUAAAUCGCAGAAGAAAGCAGAAAGUCGAUGAGAAGCGCAAGCCGAUGCGAUUGCUCUUGAAAGGCGAGUCGCUGUUGGAUGAUAGUUGUUAAGGCGAUACAAUUAUCGAGAGAUAAUUCGGCUGAACGUAAUUUAUAUUGAAUUUACAUAUAACUAAAUUGACUUUUGUACUUGGUUUGUAACUUAGACUUCAUCUAUGACGGCUAAUCAAACUGAUAAAAGCAGAGGUUUGUGUGUGUAGGGAGAAUUUCAGAUUCUAGCAUAUUUUAAAUUUAAAAUGCCGAAUCAUGUCAUUGCUUGUGAGAUAUUAAUUAAAUGUGUUAUUCUAUUGAUAUAGCUAAAGAUUAUCUGUGAGUCAGUAACAUAAAACGUUUACCUCUGUCAAAGUGAUAUCAAAAAAAUCAAAAGAAGCAGAUUAUAUGGAGCGUUAAGAAUCAAUGUACUCUCAGUUUGAUCGUUACUCAUGAAAUAAAUCAUUGUCACAAAGUGGAA